GUUGCCUUGAGUUUCUCGAUCAGAUCGGCGGUGCCCUCAGCUCCACCUUCUCCGACGGACACUCCAAUCUUCUCUUUCAAAGCCAUCAGGAUCUGAUCGCUCUCAACCUGGACCUUCGCAUUUCAGAUCGCGGCACAUUUCCUGCUCAUGACGGUACCGGACCGAUUCGCAUGCGCCGGUGAACCAAUAUCUUGUUAUAUCCAUCUACUAGCCAGAUCGGUGCGCAACAUUUUGGGAUCGGCGAUCAUUUGUUCAAGAUUGGACCGGAUUCCAUGAAGGAAGACGAUGAGAUUCAGUCCUUUCCGUCGCCAGGGAGUGGAUCUCCGGCUUCUCCGAUCUCUAACGGCCGGAUUACCGUGACGGUUGCGGCGGCGGCGCCUCCUCCUCCGCCAUCUGCUCUAAAUACGAUAACCUUGGCGCUGCCGAUUCAGCAGUCCAAGGGCGGCGGCGGCGGCGGAGGAAGCGGAAGAGAGGAUUGCUGGAGCGAAGGCGCGACGUCGGUGCUGAUUGAUGCUUGGGGAGAGAGGUAUUUGGAACUGAGUAGAGGGAAUUUGAAGCAGAAGCAUUGGAAAGAGGUGGCUGACAUUGUGAGUAGUAGAGAGGAUUAUACCAAGAUACCGAGGACUGACAUUCAGUGCAAGAAUCGGAUAGAUACGGUCAAGAAGAAGUAUAAGACUGAGAAGGCUAAGCUUACUGCUGGAGGAGGCCCCAGUAAGUGGCCAUUUUAUGAUAGAUUGGAUCUAUUGAUCGGUCCGGCGGCUUCGAAGAAUUCUGUUUCCAUCGCCGGUGCAAAUCCGCCUCUGCAGCCGAACCAGAAAGUUCCUCUAGGAAUUCCGGUGGUGAAUCGACCGGUGAAUCCGUACCAGGCUCAGCAGAACCAUAAUCACAGUCAACAACAGCAACAGAAGGGGCCAAAAGCUCAGAAGAUCCAGUACCACAAGCGGCCUCGUACUACAGAUUCCGAUUCCUCAGGCUCCGACAGAGAAACAUCCCCAACUUCCAGUGAUAGUUACCGGCAAAAGAAAGUUCAGAGCAAAAAUGUUAGGGUUCAGAAGGAGGUGGUGAAUCCGAAACUGGCUCAGGUGGGGAAAACUGAAAAGGGAAAGAACGGAUCGAGAGAAAAGGGAUGGGUAAAUGCAGUGAGUGAAUUAACACAAGCAAUUAUGAAAUUUGGUGAAGCGUAUGAACAAGCAGAGAGUUCGAAGCUGCAGCAAGUGGUAGUAAUGGAGAAGCAGAGGAUGAAAUUUGCCAAGGAUCUGGAACUGCAAAGAAUGCAAUUCUUCAUGAAGACGCAGCUGGAAAUCUCGCAACUCAAGCAUGGGAGAAGAGUUGUGGCUGCUGGUAAUCAUCAUGGUAGCAACAACAACAACAACAACAACCACAGUAACAGCGAUAGCAGCAACUAGAUGAGAUGCAGAACAAGGUACUAUUUUUCUCAUCUUUGGAAAUUCUAGUUUGUGCCUGUUUAUUACACUUAAUCUGUUUCCUAAUUUAUCAUUUUCUCUCAUAAUUUAACUUCAUCAAGAUGUUCAAAUCCUAGAGAUUAGUAGUCACUCUGUUUCCCAUUAGAAUUCUUCAUCAUCAUCAUCAUCAUCAUCAUCUACUCUUAGUUUCCUCAUUGAUGAAGUAAAUCCUAUUUGGAAUCGGUGACUGUUCCUUCCUUCUGGUCCUCCUCUUUGGGAAUUAAAUGCCAAAUUUGAGGUCGGACCCAGAUUCUGAAUUUGCAGAGAUGCACUCGUCAUCAAUUGAUUCAAACAAAAUAUAAUUAAAGAGAGAAAACAGAAGGGUCUACUUUAUAUGACAAACGCAGCCCCUCUGAUCCUCUCAUUAGUUGUGUUUAACCUGAAAUUAAUUAAUCAUUGGAUGGGAUUUCAAAUAAAUAAACUAUAUUAUUCUUUUGGCA